CUGACAGGUACGGCAUCCUCCAGUCCAAAUAUAUUUGAGACUUGAAAAGCCUACGCCUCUCUGUUUUAUUUCUCAAAUUCUCCUCCACUUCAAUCCGAUUCCUCCCGCAUUUCUUCUUUCUCCCAAUUCAGGAUUGUAUCCCCUUUUCAUAAUUCUGAAGCUUGUUGCGGGACUGUUGUUUGAAUCGUGAUUGAAACGACCAGUCUCUGUGCCGUUUUCGAGGAAAGAUGGGGAGGAUAGUGGGAUCAGUUCGCCACUUUCGAUCAGCUCUAAGAGGUCAAAAUGGUGUUCUUAGGAGACCCAAAUGCUUGAUUGAGAACAAUCAUAAUAAUUUUCAUGGUGGUUUUGUGGAUAGAGUUAUUAGUACUAAUGUGGAAAAAAUUAAUGGAAGUGUACGGCAAAACGCAUUUAUGGUUUCCAGAGCUGUGUCUACUGAAACUGCUGCUAAAGAAACUGUUUCAGCAGAGUUGAAUAAAGCAGGGCCUCUUGUGGAGUAUGAACGAAGAAUAGCUGCGAGUGAGCUUGCUGAUGGUGAUACUUGCCAGCUAGGAACCUUAAGAGAACUUCAGAGACUAUAUGAUCAGCUUGGUGAAUCAGCUGAUGCUGGCAAGUUAAAUCUCUAUUCAUAUUCUGAGAAGACGGGAAGGAGUAGGUGGCUGUGGGCUCGCUUUAUUCCACAAUCUUCCUACUCAUCUGUCAAAGGAUUAUAUCUUUAUGGGGGAGUUGGCACUGGGAAAACAAUGUUGAUGGACUUGUUCUAUGAUCAAUUGCCUUGCAAUUGGAGGAAGAAGAGAAUUCAUUUUCAUGAUUUCAUGUUGAAUGUCCAUAGCCACUUGCAAAAGCACAAGGGUGUGGCAGAUCCACUUGAAGUUGUUGCAGGAGAGAUAUCAGAUGAGGCAAUUUUAUUAUGUCUGGACGAGUUUAUGGUUACUGAUGUUGCUGAUGCAUUGAUAUUGAAUCGUCUUUUCGGACAUCUGUUUAGCAAUGGUCUUAUAUUAGUAGCGACUUCAAACCGUGCUCCAGAAAAUCUUUACGAAAAUGGAUUGCAGAGGGAUCUUUUUUUACCCUUCAUUGCCAUCUUGAAGGAAAGAUGUGUUGCCUAUGAAAUUGCCUCAUCAGUAGAUUAUAGGAAACUGACAUCGGCUCAGCAAGGUUUUUACUUCAUUGGCAAAGAUUCUUUGGAGCUUCUUAAGCAAAAAUUUCGGGAAUUGAUUGGUGAACAUGAAGCUAGACCACGAGAGGUUGAGGUUGUAAUGGGGAGGACACUGCAGGUUCCAUUGGGUGCUAAGGGAUGUGCAUAUUUUGAAUUUGAUGAACUCUGCAAUAGACCUCUGGGAGCUGCAGAUUACCUCGGAUUGUUCAAGAAUUUUCAUACUCUAGCUUUGGAAGGUGUCCCAAUAUUUGGACUGCACAAUAGAGCAGCUGCAUAUCGGUUUGUCACUUUAGUUGAUGUAAUGUAUGAGAACAAGGCCCGAUUGAUGUGCACAGCCGAGGUUAGUCCUCUGCAACUUUUCAGCAAGGUAGUGACAAUCGCAGAUGCCCAGCAUAUUGCACCGAGAACUGCUUCAAGAUCAAAGGGAGCCGAUGAGUCUGAUCUUUGUGUUGACAAUGAACUGGGAUUUGCAAAAGACCGCAUCAUUAGCAGAUUAACGGAGAUGAACAGCAGAGAAUACUUGGAGCAUCAUGCAUGAUACAAAAGGAUCCCAUAUGUUAAAAACCCAGAAAGCCAUUUUUUCUGAAGAAUGUUAAACCUUAAUCCCUGAACAUUUCAUGGCGUUUGGCUCAGCUGGUAGUUAGAUCAGUGCCAAGAAAGAUAAUACACACAGGUUUCUGUAAGUCUGACUUUCAGUAAGAUAAAAUGUAAUGUAACUUUUGUAAAGUUGAUUAUGUUCUAAUUAUUUUGACUGUAACCAAAAUUAUCAUCAAUAAUGUUCAGCAGUUGAAUACUUAAUGCCA